AUGUAUUUCAACAUUUUCUUUUGUGUGUUGCAGGUUUUCUCCAUAGUGGUCUUUGGUUGCAUAGUUAAUGAGGGAUAUAUUAACCUUUCAACUGAAGAGGAAGAGCAUUGCAUUUUCAACCGAAACCGAAGUGCCUGCACUUAUGGAGUGACCGUAGGGGUGCUGGCGUUCCUUACCUGCAUUCUGUAUCUGGCAGUUGACAUUCACUUUCCACAAAUAAGCAGUGUCAAAGACCGAAAGAAAACUGUGAUAUCUGAUAUUGCUGUGUCUGGUUUGUGGUCCUUCUUCUGGUUUGUUGGUUUCUGCUUUUUAGCCAACCAGUGGCAGGUGUCGAAACAAGAACACAAUCCAAUGAAUGAAGGUGCAGAUGCAGCACGUGCAGCCAUUGCUUUUUCAUUCUUCUCCAUCUUCACCUGGGCGGGACAAGCUGUACUGGCCUACCAACGCUACAGUCUGGGCUCAGAUUCGGCACUGUUCUCUCAGGACUACAUGGACCCAAGCCAAGAUCAAGGGCCUCCUUACCCCCCUUAUGCCAGCAAUGAGGAUCUAGACCCUUCUGCUGGCUAUCAACAGCCUCCUAUGGAUGCCUAUGAGGCUGGCUCACAGGGCUAUCAGUCCCAGGAUUAUUAA